AUGCCCAACGACAGUGCUAAGCAGCCGGAAGCGAGACUGGCUACUUGUAAUGUCCGCAAAAAGUCCUUUUCCCACCAAAGUUCGCUCAGACAACAUCGUCAUCAGAGCAAACAUGCCACCGAGAGGAUAGAUGAGUCUCCUUCGAUUUCACGACCAAUCUCGGAUGAAGUAGACCAUCCCACGGAAGAGAACACCAAGAAGAAGGCUAAAGUUCACAAAUGCUGGCCUUGCAACAAAGUCUUCCGUACUAAAGGUGGACUCAAACAACACAAACGCGGCAAUCACGCCGUGACAACGGCAAAGCCUGCAGAUGAUUCAGUUGAAGAUGUCUCCGUCGACUCUCAAAAGAAACAGGAUACAAAGCAGGAGGCAGCCGAGUCUGAGAAUACCGAAGACAAAACUUCCAACAACGAGAAUGACAACGCCACUGAAUCUGAGCCAUCACUGCUUGAGUGCGAGGACUGCGGAGAUGAAUUUUACGACUUUGAUGCGCUUUACAGGCACUUGGAAUACUUCUGCCGCACCCCUUGGGCAAAAUGGAUGAGAAUGCUUAUGGGCAAGGCAGUUCCAGAACGUUUGGCACAUAUAUGUAAAUGCAAUUUCUAUCCUUAG